CUUUACAAGACAGUACCUGAAACGCUUCAUAAGAUCUGCUGAUAAAUACUUCAUGGUUGGCUACAAUGUCAUCUUUUACAUCUUGACAGAAGACUUCUACAAUCUACCGUACUUAGAGUUGGGUCCUCUUCGGUCAUUUAAAACAUUGGUGAUUCUUGAUAGAGAUUACAAUGAAGACUCUAUUCUCAGAAUCAUGAAGAACAUGAAAAGUAAAAUCAUACAUCACAUCCAAUAUGAGGUCAACUUUCUCUUCACUAUGGCUGUGAACCAGGUCUUCAAGAAAGAAUUUGGAGUUGAAACUUUGGGCCAAUCUGUAGCUCAACUCCACUCAUGGUGGUAUUUUAAAACCCCCAGAGAUUUCCCUUAUAAGAGAAGAGUUAAGUCAGCAGCCUUCAUCCCCUUUGGGAAGGGAGACUUCUAUUACCACAGUGGUAUUAUUGGUGGCACAUCCAGUAAUGCUUUAACUUUCAUUAAACAGUAUCUAAAGGGAAUUGCAAAUGACAGCACAAAUAAACUUGACAGCUCAUAUGAAAGACACCUAAAUAAAUAUUUUUUAAUCAAUAAACCCACUAGGGUGUUAUCACCAGAGUACAACUGGAAUCCAAAAUUUAAAACUCCUCCACAGAUAAAGCACAUUAAGGUAGCGUGGCUUCCAUAA